UGUCAAACUAACGUCAGUGCAAUGACCACAGCAGUAAGAAAGUAAGAAUGCAACUGCAAUGGCAAAAGUGAAUUAAGAUAUUUAAAUCUCAAAUAACGCUAGUUAAUUGUGUAAUAUACAUAUACAGUAACAGUGUUGAAAUUUAAAAUAUAUAUAUUAAGAAACAAAGUACUUUUUGCCUCAAAUAAGGUCGGCAUAGUCUCAUAAACAUAAAUGAUCAAACGCUUUUAUUCCCGGCUUAUUUAUUGAUUUUAAAUCUCUGCGCAGGUGCCCCUGGCUAAUCUAAUUGCAGUCAAAAUUUUCAAAAAGGAAAACUGCAUUUUUGCCCUUCCGAGGACUAUUUAUACAAAUUCAUUCACUUUCAAGUUUACUCGUCGCAUAUUGUGCUUAUAACCGCUUUUACACUAACGUGCCAAAAGCUAUGAUUCUACAGAUGCCAACCGCUAGUUUCGGCGUAAAUAUGAAUUCAGUGAAAGAUGACUGUGCAAUCAAAAAUGUUUGGAACCACAAUCUCCAUGAGGAAUUUCAUGUCAUUCGAAAGAUUGUGCAAAAGUACCACUGGGUGGCAAUGGACACAGAGUUUCCAGGAGUGGUGGCGAGGCCUAUUGGUGAAUUCAGAUCCACAGCAGAUUAUCAGUACCAACUACUCAGGUGUAAUGUAGAUCUGCUGCGGAUAAUUCAGCUGGGGCUAACAUUCAUGGAUGAGAACGGGAAGACGCCUCCAGGCUGCACCACAUGGCAGUUCAACUUCAAGUUUAAUUUGCAGGAGGAUAUGUAUGCACAGGACUCCAUUGAUUUACUGCAGAAUUCUGGGCUUCAGUUUAGAGAGCAUGAGGAGCACGGCAUUGAACCAUUAGAGUUUGCAGAACUGCUCAUGUCUUCAGGCAUAGUAUUAAUGGAUAACAUUAACUGGUUGAGCUUUCACUCCGGCUACGAUUUUGGGUACCUACUAAAGCUGCUGACAGAUCAAAACUUGCCUCAGGAAGAGAAUGAUUUCUUUGAAAGUCUACGGUUGUAUUUUCCAACUGUUUAUGAUGUCAAAUACUUAAUGAAAUUAUGCAAGAACCUAAAAGGGGGGCUCCAAGAGGUAGCAGAUCAGCUGGAGCUCCGGCGCGUGGGGCCGCAGCACCAGGCCGGCUCCGACUCGCACCUCACUGGCAUGGCCUUCUUCAAGAUCAAAGAGAUAUUCUUCGACGGCAACAUCGAGAGCACGAGCGGGCACCUGUACGGGCUGGGCGCGCCGGCGGGCUCCACCGACGACGCGGGCUCCUCGCCGUGAAUUAUCUUAUAUUACCUAUCGUUAUCAUGUAUAAUAUCCUAUAGUCUAGAAAAUUAAUAAUUCAAUGAGUAUAUGCCUUAGACCAGCGUCGGCAACAACCGGCCCGCGAGCCUCCCUGGCUAUUUUGUAUGUAAUAUUGACAAACGUCAAAGUCACAAAUAUUACCAAAGUGCGGCCCGCGUCAACUUCGUUAACUAAUGUGGCCCUUGGCUGCUAAAAGGUUGCCGACCGCUACCUUAGACCAUAGAGAAAUAAGUGAGCAUACUGAUCGCCCAGACAUGGCUAUUUUUAAGCUCGCUCCACACUCGCAGAUCUGCGAACUCGACUCACACUCGGGAACGCGGCUUCGCGCCGCGAUUCGCGCACGAGUGUGGAGCGGGCUUUCCUAACGAACUUUAAUUUAGACGAGAGUCACGCGUCAUCCCAUUGUUAUUUAUAUUGUGUAUGGCGGAGUGUCCUCAAACGGGUUAAAUUGAAGCUCGUAUUAUUAUUUUAUUAAGAAUAAGUUUUAAGAAAACAGACUUAAAACUCAUUAUUAUUAAUUUAAUAGGUUUUUAAAGAGGCUUACAGAUUACCAGUUCGCUGGACGAUGUCAGCCUGUUAGAUAAACGCAAAAGUGACUGUUCCGAACUGACAGGCUGAUAUCGUCCCGUCCGGCGAACUGGUAAUCAUUGGGUUGGGCCCCUUUAGCCAUGAAUGAAGUGGGCACUCGAUGCUUACUUAUUGUUUUCUAUGCUUAGGCUUAAUUCAGUCCGACUCCGAUACGCAUCCGACGAGCCGCAACGGAGAGUAUAAUAUGAAGCCUAUACAACGCGACACGUAAUAACCACACAAUAAUAAUCACAUUAAUUUAAUGCGAUGUGCAGUCUCCAUAAUAUAUGUAGUUCAUACGUUUCACUAACCUGUCCAAUGUCAUUUCGUCUCACUCUCUCAUUAAGCAUGAGACGCAAAACACAAUAGACAAAGAUAUUGAACAGAUGAAAUGAAAUACCACCCUAAGGCCCCAUAUACACGAGAGCUUUUUCAACGCUCGUUAAAUAGGCGCUUGAAUCAGUCUACACGCUAAAUUCUAUUUAACGACCAACGCUUAAAGUCGAAAAUCCAACAACGCUUGAUUAAAAGCUGAAUAAAUACACAUGUAUUCAUUUGUGUCAUUCAAACGCUUUUUUAACAUGCGUUGAAAAAGCUCUCGUGUCAAUGGGGCCUAACCGAGUAUUCGCGUCGAACAGAAGUGAGCCUAAUCCACACUAUGAAUAAACAGGUAAUGAACUUGUGUUAAGAUCAUACAAAGUGCUCUUGAGAUAAAAAUGGUAGCAACGAAUGAGCCUGGAGCGUUAUUCAAUUUUUUUUGUGACAACAGUCAUGUCCACAAUUACCCAUCCCAUGGGCACCAUUUUAUGAAGAUUUUACUUACUAUCGCCGUAGGUUGAUCUGUGUAAAAUUAUCCUAUAAUUAUACAUAUAUAAUUUUACGAAAUAAGAAGAAUUUUUGUUAAUAACUGCGAGUCCGUGACAUGGCAGCUGUCAAAAAAGAAACGAAUAGCGUUCUUGAUGUUGGGAAUUCAAAAAUAUAUCAAAUUAAAAUAUAUAAACUGAAAUAAUUUUAAGCGCUAUAUGAACACUCCAAGCAAAUAUCAUGGUUUUUGAGAUGCCACUACAAUGAAUAACUAUACUCGGAUUUUUUAUUAGUUGCGAGUAAUUAAAGCUGUCGUUUAUUCACAAGAGAGGGUGUUCUAAUGUCGCUCUUGUAAUGCACGCAAGUCUCUAACAUAUUUAUUAAUCAUUACCCUCCUUUUGAUUUGCCAAUGUGGGGUAAAAAGAGGCUAGCAUGCAUUAUGGCGCGUACACACCCAGCCAAGAAACGCGAACGCCUUCGUUAGUCCUGUCUGGAGGGUUUAGCGAACGCCAAUGACGUCCGUUUGCGUUCUCCGACGAUCCGGAGUGUGAUGGCAAGGACCUCCGCUUGUUGUCAUCUACCUACAAGUUUUCGUGAAACGGCAUACUUUGUAUAUCUAAUAAUUAUUCAAAUUGACAUUCUCCAAUUAAUGUAUUUACUACAAGUAAUAAAAAUCUGAGUAUAAUUUAUAAUCGUCAACCAAAUGUAUUAUUAUUAUUGAGCUUGUUAAUGAGUAACAAUAAAACAAAUGGAACGGA